AUGAGCACCACCGACCCCAAGAAGAAGAUCGAGAAAUCAAAAUACAUAGCCGCGGCAUAUACCGUCUCCAACCUGCUCCGAUCUGAGGAGCACAUUGACCACACCUUCGAAACCUUUCUCGAUUGGAUGAACAAAUACGCAUCCGCGAAGAAACCAAUGCAUCUCAACACCUACAUCUCCUACCUAACCUUCGACGUAAUCGGCGAAAUCGUCUUCUCCAAACCCUUCGGUUUCCUCGCCCAAGGCAAAGACAUCGGUAACUCCAUCUCAAACUCCCUCGCUCUGAACGCGUAUAUUGCCGUAGCGGGCUACUUCCGCUGGAUCAACAUCGCCCUGCUAGCCAACCCAAUUAUGACAUGGUUGUCCAUCUUACCUAUGGGCCACCUCUUCGAUACUGUCACGUCUGUGUUAGCCGAUCGAGAGAAGAAUGAGAAUGUAAGGUAUGAUGCUGUUCAGUACUGGUUUAAGCAGCACGAGAAGCAUCCGGAUAAGUUUACCGUUCGGGAGAUUGGCACGCAGGCGCUUGCAGCUGUGGGAGCCGGGUCUGAUACGGUGGCUGCGGGGAUACAGUCUUUUAUUUAUCAUAUGAUUCGGCAUGAGAAUGCGUGGGAGCGAGCGCAUGAGGAGGUUGUGAAAGCAGUAGAGAAGGGAUUUUUCGUACAAGCCUGCGUAAAAGAAGCGCUUCGCAUCUUCGGUCCAGUGCCCAUGGGUCUUCCGCGUAUAGCGCCUAAGGGAGGCUUGACGUUUGGCGAUCGCACUAUACCCGAGAAUACGAUCGUAUCAAUCAAUCCAUGGGUGAUGCACUACUCGAAGGAGAUUUGGGGUGCCGAUGCGCAUGUGUUCAAUCCAGAUCGCUGGUUAGCAGAGGAUAGCACUACGAAGGAGAAGUAUUGGAUACCUUUUGGUGCAGGUUACGGCGGCUGUCCAGGCCAAAACAUCGCUAAGAUUGAACUCGCGAAGAUCGCAGCGACGUUAGUCAGAGACUACAAGAUCAAGCAAGUAGACCCUACACAAGACUGGCAGUGGAAAGCCUACUUCACGGUUGUCCCGCAUUCAUGGCCAGUAUACAUCGAGAAGAGGGUAUGA